AAAUUUUGUUUUUUGGUCACACUACCAACAACAGUUUGUCGUCGUUCUUCGAAGAAAAUCCGCAUUAAAGUUGUAUCAACGUUUACAAAUUUUCAAAUUAAAAUCCUGUAUUGUUUGCGUUUCAUAAAAGAGUUCUUUGCCUCAUCUGAAGCAGCAAUAAGUAAUAACAAAACCGAAAAUUAUAAAAGCAAUUAAAAGCCAUUGGCGUGGUUAGCGUUGCCAGCGGCCAUCGCAAGAAAAAAGUUGCGCGAAAUUCUCACGUGGCAGAAAAAAUUAAAAGUAAAAAAAAGUGAAUAAGAAUCAAAAGAAAGAGAAUUUAAAUCUCUGUUACGCUCACAUUUAAAACAACAACAAAAAAAAAAAGGAAAAACUACAACGCAAGCAAAACAAAAGAGAGGAACACAAGAAGAUCGACGAGUACGAGAACAACAAAAAUAACAGAGAUCGUUGACAAUUUCGAAGGCCUUGAAGCAGAGAUUUUGUUCAUCAACUUCCUUAUCUAAUUCGUGAGAUUGCAUUGCGCACCCCAAGCAGGGGAAACAUAAUAUCUUAUAUGACUUUUGAAAGAUUAAGUGAAACACCAGCAAAAAAAGGCGCACCUCCAAUUCCACAAAAACGGAGUAAAAGCUUCGAACUGUGCAUGAAUUCAAAGAGGCGAACUAUAAGUCAUCGGACUUCAAGUAACAGACAUCGGAAGUUACAGCCGUUCAGGUACACGUGAGCCAACCAUUGUACCGUUCCAAUAGUUUUUUACUAAAAAAAAUUACAAAAAUUAAAAAAACACAUAAAAACCAAAAAAUUAUAAAAAAAAAACAACCUAACAUCCUAAAAACUACCAUAAUUAAAAAGAAGAAAAGAAACACCAA